GCGUAUACCCGAGCGAACGAAAUACGAGUAGGGAUGGCGGGCAGCGGGCAUGCACAGCUAGCCAAGCGGGCAGGGGAUAACUUGGACACAACAUGAGUCAAAAAGAGAGUUGGGCUUUUCUCUACAUCGUGCUCACUGUCUGGAGGUGGCGGGCAACAGAGGCAGACAAAGGAAAGACAAUAAACCUUGUCUCCAGAGGGGUUGAACCUCCGCUACUCUGCGUAUCCGUGCACGCUUGCCAGGGUCAAUUGUCGGCCCAUUCUCACGCGGCGCAUGCUGUUACUCGUCUCAGCCGCACGCUAAAGGCGAUAGCGCAAGCGGUGGUUGUACAGAAUUGAUAGCGACUUGGGCCCGCCGAGUCACCCAAUCUAUCAGUGCACCAGAUUUUAAGUUAAAUCAAAGAAACGGCCCU